GCCCCGCCCGGCCCGUCGGCGGCCACAAUGUUCUCCCUCAAGCAGCUCAAACCCACCUUCAAGUCGUACCUUCUGCCUCAGGCUGAUGACAAUAUCGCGUCAGAACCAAGGAUUAAAAAACUGGAACCAGUACUUUUACCAGGUGAAAUUGUGGUGAACGAAGUAAAUUUUGUAAGAAAGUGCAUUGCAACAGACACAAGCCAGUAUGAUCUGUGGGGCAAGUUGGUUUGCACUAACUUCAAGAUUUCCUUUAUUACGGAUGACCCGAUGCCACUGCAGAAAUUCCAUUAUAAAAACCUCCUCCUUGGUGAACAUGAUGUUCCACUCACAUGCAUUGAGCAGAUUGUCACAGUGAAUGACACCAAGAGGAAACAGAAGGUCCUUGGUCCCAACCAAAAACUUAAAUUUAAUCCAACUGAAUUAAUAAUUUAUUGCAAAGACUUCCGUAUUGUCAGAUUUCGUUUUGAUGAAGCAGGUCCUGAAAGUGCAAAAAAGGUGUGCCUUGCAAUAGCUCAUUAUUCUCAGCCAACAGAUCUUCAGCUUCUCUUUGCAUUUGAGUAUGUUGGGGAAAUAUAUCAUAAUCCAGCCAAGAAGGUGAAUGGCAUAGACCCAGGAGGUGGUGGCGGUGGCAUCGGCAAUGCCAGCGGUCAGCAGACUCCUUUGUUUGAAACUUACUCAGAUUGGGAUAGAGAAAUCAAAAGGACAGGUGCAUCUGAGUGGAGAGUGUGCUCAGUCAAUGAAGGUUAUAUGAUCUCCACUUGCCUUCCAGAAUAUUUUGUGGUUCCGUCUUCCUUAGCAGAUCAAGACCUGAAGCUGUAUUCCUACUCCUUCAUUGGGAGGCGAAUGCCCUUAUGGUCCUGGAAUCACCCUAACGGGAGUGCCCUUGUGAGAAUGGCCAACAUUAAAGAUGUAUUGCAGCAGCGAAGAAUUGAUCAAAGGAUUUGUAAUGCCAUAACUCGAAGCCAUCCCCUGAGAAGUGAUGUCUACAAAUCUGACCUGGACAAGUGUCUCCCCAACAUCCAGGAAAUCCAGGCUGCACACAACAAACUCAAACAGCUCUGUGUCAAUGACCCUUUUGAUGAAACUGAAGAGAAGUGGCUGUCCUCACUGGAAAACACUCGCUGGUUAGAGUACAUUAGAGCCUUUCUUAAGCAUUCUGCUGAGCUUGUCUAUAUGAUGGAGUGUAAGCACGUUUCUGUAGUUCUACAAGAGGAAGAGGGACGGGACCUGAGUUGUCUUGCUGCUUCUCUCAUUCAAGUCAUGCUGGAUCCUUACUUUCGAACAAUUGUUGGAUUUCAAAGCUUAAUACAGAAGGAAUGGGUCAUGGCAGGAUAUCAAUUUUUAGAUAGGUGUAACCACUUAAAGAGAUCUGACAAAGAGUCUCCUUUGUUCUUGAUGUUCCUUGACUGCAUUUGGCAGCUGCUGGAACAAUACCCAGCAGCCUUUGAGUUCUCUGAAGUGUACCUGACCAUCCUGCAUGACAGCGCCCGCAUCUCCUUGUUCGGCACCUUCCUCUUCAACUGCCCUCACCAGCGAGUCAAGGAAAGCACUGAAUUUGCUAUAAGCAAAAAUAUUCAGCUGGGUGAUGAGAAGGGCCUCAGGUUUCCGUGUGUUUGGGACUGGUCUCUUCAGUUUGCGAGCCGGGAGCGGCUGCUGUUCCACAACCCGCUGUACAUCGGGAAGAGCGCGCCCAGCGUGCACAACGGGGCCCUCUGGACCUUCAAGCGCUCCAAGAAAAACUACAGCUCCACAUUGCGAGGUGCGCCCCUAGCACUAAAAAACGGAAUCAUCAGUGAGCAGGAGUUCCUUCCAAGGAGAAACUCUCUGAUACUAAAACUGAAGCCGGACUUCUUCCAGCCAGCGGAGGGGCAGAGCCACAGUAUGGAGCAGUACUUCAGAGACUGGUUUGCAAAGCCCGUUGAUUUGCACGGCAUCAUUCUGCCCCAUCUCUCUGGAACACAAAUAAAACUGUGGAAACUCUGCUACUUCCGCUGGGUUCCUGAGGCCCAGAUCAACCACGGGGGCUCCAUCACCGCUUUCCACCGAGUUUCCUUGCUGGCGGACGAGGUGGACAUGUUAAACCGCAGCCUGCGGCAGUGCAAGAGCAAUUCCUCCUGGCAAGGCCACUGCUCAGAACUGGAUCAAAGCAGGAUGUACUUCAGAGCAAAUGGUUUAAAUGACACCUCAGGAACCCCAGACUUUCUCUCCUCCUCAUUCCCAUUUUCUCCUGUAGGGAACCUAUGCAGACGGAGCAUUUUGGGAACACCUUUAAGCAAAUUUUUAAGUGGUGCCAAAAUCUGGCUAUCCACCGAGACGCUUGCAAAUGAAGACUGAGGUGAUGUGGAGGUUUAAAGGCUUGGGGAGAAUACAGCGUAUCAUUUUGUCUUUUCUAACUUAACACUGCUAAAUGCGGCAUUGAAAGCUGUAAUAAUUUUUAUAUACGAACAUUAUGUAAGAUUUGCACAAAUAUUUAAAAGCAAGGCAAGUCAUGCUUCAAAUCGCACAAUUUUGUCUUCAGUAGUUCUCAUCUGCUGGGGCUUCUGCUCCCCCGUUCCUCAUGUUUUUGGGAGCUUGGCUCAUUACAAGUUAUAGAGUUUCAUUAGCAAACUGAAAGGUUUGGUGUGGUUGUUGGUGAGGGUUCUGCUUGAAAUACCUUUGUUCUCCCAGGUAGUGACUGAAAGUGACCCUUUGAUAAAAUAGCUUGGAAAGGCAAAGAUGAACUGACAGCUGAAAUCUGGGAAUACACUACUUUAUCAGACUGUCUCAUCAGGAGUAAUACUUACUUGCAUAGAAUCAAACAUAUUUAUGUUCCAUGACUGAUCACCCUACAUUGUGCUAAUGCAGUGUAUCCAUGGAAGGGGUUGCUCCCUUUUCUUUCUCUCCCCAAAAUGCAUUCAUUAACAAUUAGUCAGAUUUGUGCUCGUUGUCAUGAGCUUGACUUCAGACUGUAGAAAUCCACAUCAGGACAAUGCACUGUUAACCUUAAAACAUUUACUGUAGAUAUGGUAUUGCAGUAGCUUUAGAAGUGCCUUUAAUUGGGAGGAAACAGUAGCAGGAUUACUCUAAUGCAGCUGACACCCCCCCCCCCCCAACUUUUUAAAAUAGAUUGUUGUGGCAAGUUCUUGUUCUAUCCCCUGCUUCCCCCUCUCCAUUUCUGGAAACAGCAGGCAUCCAGAAGAAACAGUGGGUGUUCCCUCUUUAAGGUUUAGCUUGUUUGUAAGUCCCACAAGAUCCUCACCUUUUUAUAAGAGCACCUCAACUACGCAGCAUUAUAUCCCCGCACAGAUCCCAAUCCCUGCCAACCCUCGUUUUUUUGUAGGAUGAAGUGGCUUUCAGCAGAACCCAUACCCGAGCCCUGCUGGAUUCCAGAAAGGAGCACUGGCUCCUCAUUUGCAGUUCCACAAGGGGUGCAGUUGCUGCAGUCACUGGUAGGCAGGUGCUGCAAGAAGAGCAGUGAGUGCUGCCUUCUUUUUGCCCUGCCUGAAGGAAUUCCAUCCAACAGCCUCCCUCUGCUUAAUGCAGCAGCCUCCUUGCUGUUCUGAAACUUUUUAAAAUUAUGCAUCUCCCUGGAUGCUGUGCCAGAAAAGGACUCACAUGGAGAAAGGCAGGAGUGUGAAGAAUUCCAGGAGGUUGGAGAAAUAGUGCCGUGUCAUUUUCAGCUGCCUUCUCUGAACAGCAAGGCUGUAUUAAAUGAUUUCUGUAUAAACAGCAACACUGUUUAUACACUGAGCCUCUAUCCAGGUGUUGCCUCACCAGUUAAGGCACCAAAGGCCUUACACGAUGGACUCAGAGUAUUCUCAGUUUUCUCAGUGGGGAGAAAAGACACUGCAGGAUGGGAACACCCAGUGUAUUCGAGUUUAAAAAAAGGGGAGGGGACAGGAAUUGGAGAUGUUGGUUUGUUUGUAAACUCCAAGUGAUCUUCAGCACAGCCUAAAUCACAAAGUGGGGUUUGGCUGUUCCCUGACCUCCAAGGCAGUGCUGAGCUUGCACUGCUGGGGUUGGAGAGGGAAGUAAGGCAGGGCCAAAUGCAAAGGUGAACAAUGUCAGGGGAGGGCCUUUCCUUUUCUACCUUAUCAAACUUCCAAACCCUGUUCUAUGCAAAGAAGCAGGCACAGGCUGUUGCGACACAAUGCCAGGUGCUUCUGGGCAACUGUUUGUGAGGAAAAACCGUGUAUUCACCUCAAUUGCCUAAUUAUGCUGUAAGAUGAGCUGAGCAUGUUAAAUGGGCCACAAACCAGUUGUGUUUAUUUUCAAGCUUGCUGGAGCAGUCAUCUCACAUGUUUGUAUUAGCUUGCUUUUGCCAUUCCUCUUUUUCUGUUAGCUUACUGCUUUCCCUGGCCUGAUACUUGACAUAAAGACCUCAACCUGUGUGCUUAGUGUCUUUGGUACCAAUUUUUUUUUUCUUUCAGAAUGACAGUUAAAACUAUAGCGUCUCUUUUUUUUGUUUGUUUGUUUGUUUCCUUAAAAGUAUAACUUCUUUGGUUUAAAGGUACCAAAAAUGUGUAAAUAAAUUAGUCCACAAAAGCAGCUGAUGAAAUUAAAAAAUGUUUAGGCUAGCACCCCUUGAGGAAAAAAAAUGGGUACUAUAUUUAAACAGAAUUGUCUUUUAUAAGAUUUCAGACAUUUUUGCAUUUCAUUUCUAAGAUGUGUACAGAUGCUGCACAGGGUCUUUGUAUUUUAUAUAUAUAGUAUAGGAGAGGGUUAAAAAUAAUAUGCCUUUAAAAGAAACAAAACCUGUCGAAAUAUCUAUUUGCCAGUUGGACUUAAAAAGAAACUUUAUACCAUUCCAGAAAGGGAGUUAGGUAAGCAGAGGCUGAGAGGGGGCACCUCCUGCAGAGAGGAAGGGAUCUGCCUUUCCCUGGACUUGAAGGCAAAGCUCUUGCUUGUGUCACCUGGCCUUACUGAGGAGUCUGAGCAGCUGCUGUGUCUGGGAGUGAGCGUGUGCCUGUGGAUGCUGCUGCUUCCUUGGAGUUAAACAGCUCAAUACUUUCUGAUUCACUUUGGAAAGACAGGUACCAAGUGUUGAUUUUGAAAUAUUCUCCACUCUGCAUAGUUGCCUUAUCAAGUCAGUAGGGACUGUUCUGAGUAUCUCUAAUAACUUUCAAAAGCAAUUUUGGGGUGUGAGUAUGUAUCUAACUUCUGUGUACAGAAUACUGACAUGCAAGCUGUAUAUAUAUAUGUCUGUGUAUAUAUAUGUACACGUAUUUUCAAAUUUUCAUUUCUGUUUGCCAUUUACAACAAGAUACUGUUAAAUGCCAUUGUUGUGUUGGAAGAGUAGAAAAGCUACCAAGCAGCUCAUCCUUUUGUGUCUGUAGAAAAUGUGCAUUACUGCAGCUGUUCCUGAGUCGUGAGUGUGUACCACACAGGGGGAGCUCUCUGGCUGCUGCUGUGGUUGCUGAGCCCCAGUGCAGCAGCUGGGCUGAGUGCAGGGCUGGGGCUGCAGUGGCACCUCAGCCUCGGGGCACUGCCCUGUGUCACACGUGUCCUGCCUCCAGAAAUGCACUGAGAACUGUGUUUGUGUGUGUCUGCCCAGGCCUGCACCCGUGCUUCAUGUGCACUUGCCUGCAAUACCACUCUGAUCAAUUAAUUGCCUUGUGUUUUAAUGAAAAUGUAGCAAGCUGGGCAAACCUUUCAGCUUAUUCUCAGAUGGAAAGAUAUUAAAACCAAAAAACUUCUAACAUGUAUUUAAGUAAAGGACAAAAUCUUAAAUUUGCCUCUAACCAAGAGACAGAAAUCUGUACCUCAAAUUGCUCUAGCCAGUAGGUUUCUAAUGCUGUUGCUGUGAUGGUUUAGAGUUCACCAUUUCAAUUGAAACUAAAACCUUUGUGCCUGAUAAUUAUUUACUGAGUAAAGCAGCAGUGGCAGAAAGAUUAUAAGAGCCUGAUGCUGAGUUGUGAAUGUGAAGUAAAUUAGAGUCCAUAAAAGUUUGUACCUUUCCACACUUUCAGGUGGUUUUCUUUCCCUUCCCCUAACAAAAAAUAAAUCGUGUGUGUGUGCGUGUUUUUUUCCAAGAAUAGCGUGGACUCUGUGCUACAGAAAGAUGAUUAAUAAAAAUGAUGUGC